GUUUCACCACAGCAAGGAAGUGCUUCUCAUCAUGCUAUUGGCUGGUUUGCUACCACGUGGGAGGUUUUGCAACGGCAAAGUCAACAACAAUUGACGUUUUUGCUUAACUUUAUUACAUUUGUGCACAAAAUGCCCGCCGCGGUGCACCAACUGCCUGGGGAGGACAGCUUUAAAAGGUCGGAGGAGGAGAAGAAGGACAUCUCGCCGGGUUUCUUUUGCGACGAGCGCGGCUAUUUGAAUCAGGUGGCUUUCAUUCUGGAGCAUGGACGCAAGAAGGGAGACCGGACCGGGACCGGCGUCAUCUCGGUGUUCGGCUCCCAGGCUCGAUACAGCCUCCGCGAUCAAUUUCCUUUGCUGACAACCAAGAAAGUAUUCUGGAAGGGAAUCCUUGAAGAGUUGCUUUGGUUUAUCAAAGGUUCGACGAAUUCCAAGGAGCUUUCUGAGAAGGGCGUGAAGAUUUGGGACGCCAACGGCUCACGCAGCUUCCUGGACAAGUGCGGCUUCACUGAACGCGAAGAGGGCGACUUGGGUCCCGUCUAUGGUUUCCAGUGGCGCCACUUCGGUGCAGAAUACACUGACAUGCACGCCGAUUACACCGGGCAAGGCGUGGACCAGUUGCAGAAAGUUAUUGACACCAUUAAGAGUAAUCCAGAGGACAGGCGCAUCAUCAUGUGUGCGUGGAACCCUAAAGACCUUCCUCUAAUGGCGCUACCGCCAUGCCACGCCCUCUGCCAGUUCUACGUGUGCGACGGUGAGCUGUCGUGCCAGCUCUACCAACGCUCUGGCGACAUGGGCUUGGGCGUGCCAUUCAACAUCGCCAGCUACGCGCUCCUCACGUACAUGAUCGCCCACAUCACAGGACUCAAGCCCGGAGACUUUGUGCACACACUAGGGGACGCGCACGUCUACGUCAACCAUAUUGAUCCGUUAAAAGUGCAGCUGCAGAGGGAGAUCCGACCCUUCCCAAAAUUGAAGAUCCUGCGUAAAGUGGAGCGCAUCGACGAUUUCCGCACAGACGACUUUGAAAUCGUGGACUAUAACCCGCACCCGGCCAUCAAGAUGGAGAUGGCCGUGUGAAAAAUCAAGAAAUGUUACAAAAGUGUAGUGUACGUACACUGCUGUUACUUCCGUUAAGAAUGCAAAUAAGCUUGUGUUCCCUUUUUGUUUCUGUUUAAAAGUAUUGUGUAUUUGAAAUAUUUUAUAUCAAUAAAUGGUACGCAGCGGAAUUCA